AUGGCCUAAAUUAAAAAAUAUCCUCUUAUUUAUCACGGUAAUAAACUAAUAGUUCAAUAAGCGCCAUAUCCAACCGAUGUUUUUUGGGAAAAUCUUAAAUUAACAGAAAAAUAAAGAAAAAAGAAAAAUAUUAUGGGAAUUUUUAUUACAAUAAUAGUUUUAUCUGUUUGCUUUAUGGCUAUAUAUGGACUUAUCUUAAAAUAAAAAGCUAUUAGUGAAAAGGAAACUGAAGAUUAAAUAAUUGUUUAAUUUAUUGGAAUAUUAAUUUCAAUAAUAAUAACUAUUUUAAAUGGAGUUUUAUAAAAUAUUUUAGUAUAUGUGUCGAAAUUAGAAGGACAUCCUACAAUGACAUCAUUUAACACAUCUUUAGCUAAAAAAAUAACAGUAGCAAGUUUUUGCAAUACAUCUUUAGUUACAUUUUUAGUAGUAAUUGUAAUACUUGAUGAUAAAAAAAGUAAAUUUAUGAAGAUUUUUGGAGAAGGAGGUUUAGCAGAGAAUUAAAAUUAUGUUUUUAUUUCGAAUAUAAUAGCUCCUCUUAUAACACAACUUAUAGAUAUUGAAGGUAUAAAGAAAAAAUUCCUAAGAAAAAUCGAAUUAAAAAGUAAAAUUUAUCUAUUUUAACUUAAUCUUAAUUGA